GGACUCCGACGAGGAAGGCACACAGUCGUCAGGACUGGACUCGGGCCCGUGGUUCACACUCGACGUUCACAAGUUCAGUCCUGAGAGUGAGUGAGCUUCACUGAGAUCGGUCGGCGAUCGAGAUUUCAUGCCAAUAGACGAUCGCCUAUCGCGACAGGAUUGAUUCAAGGAUUCGGGGAAUUUUUCGGACGCCAUGCAGGCUCAUCCUCUAGCUAGAAUGUCAGGAACAGGUCCUCCCAUAGCUCCCGAUGGAUGGGGAUGGAGGGCGGGACGUAAGGUCCAAGAUAUGUACUUCUAUUCUCCUCAGGAGGAAUGUUUUCGCUCCAAAUGUAAGUUGAAUGAGUAUCUCUCGGGUCUUGGCUCUUCAGGACCUUCGCCGUCUGAUUUCUGUUGGAGACCCACUUUGCAGACUUUGCGAGGCCCUGGAACAGAGGGAGAAGAAAGGGAGCGAGGCACAUUCACGCAGGAGAAGCUGGAAUUGACACGUGGCUUAGGUGCCGGAAAGAGGGAGGGUCUCAGAUCUGAGGCUUUGCGACGGAAGUUGUCAGCAAGAGAGGCGGUCGGAAGCUCCAGUGGACGGAUAGAGGAUUUCGAAUCUGCUUCGAAAACCAGCGAGAUUUAUUUCAGCAGAGUCUCGCACUGUUUGAAAGCUAUGCUCAGUUCUUCAAAGGGAAUCUCUGAUCAUCAUCUCGAUGAAUUUGUUAGUGAGGAGUACAGUUUCUGCAUGGAAAAGGCUUUCCCCUCGAGCGUGAGGCUGAAGCCUCUGAGGAAGGGACCUUUCAUGAGACAGCAGCGAAUUCCGGUCACAGAAACAGAUCUAGAUGUUAAGGAAGUACGCUCUUCCAAAGAAGACGAAGGUGUACAGCAGAGAGACGACGUAGGUUCCUCUGUCCCCGACAUGGAGGUUAUUGAGAAAUUUGGCUCAGUUCGUGUGUCUCAUCUGCAUGGAGGAGAAUCUUUGUAUAGACAAUCGAUGUCUAUGGAAUCCAGGGAAAUCUCUGCAAAGACAGGCUUACAAGACCAGACCGCCGAGUUUGUUUUAACAGAUAAGAAGCAAGGACACCCUGAGCAAGAAUAUCUCGAAGAUUUGACCGCACCACAUGAGCAGGAAGAUUAUAUGCCAGCCAAUUUGAUGACGGAAGUUAUGGAUUCAAGUCCGAAAAUCGAGUCCCACCAAACAAAACUGAUACCUUCUGUUACCAAAAUAACCAAGAAAAGAGGGGCAAGGAAAUCAGUUCAGCUUGACGAACCAAAGAAACGUGCUGGAAGAAAGAAGGGACAGUCAAAAGCAGUUAAAACAAGCGACCAGCUUGGAUGUAACCAGGAGACUCCCGCAACUGAAGCCGCAGGGAGUGGAAAAAGAAGAAGAGUGAAUUCGACACGAACCAAAAAGUCUGAAAUUGUGAAAAGUGAUCGGAGAAGCCAGCCGAAAAGGGGCCGGGAACAGAUUAGAAUUACACCAGAGGGAGCUCCUGACUCGGAAAAAGAACCUACCUCUCCGAAGACUCUUCAUCAGCACUUCACGCCAAAGGUCAAGUUGGACUUCGACGUAGUUCGAAAGAAGGAGGUGGUGCCUGUAAGGAUCAUCUCCAACUCUAUACCAAUUGUCGAGUUUCCACCAGAAUCGAGCUCGUCCAUGGAAGUAGACGUAUUCGAGACAGAAGCAUCACCGUUCAAGAAGUCGAUGAGAGAUACGACGCAGGGUGUGGAAUUGCCAGCAAAACCUUUUACCAAUGAAAUUCGCUCUACAAAGGAUGAUGAAAAAUAUAUUGCGAUGUUGGAAGGAUCGCUUCGCUCCAUCGGAGAGGAGGUGAAAGUGCCUGGUAAAGAGAAAGCUAGUUAUAGUAAGCCCUCUAGCGUGGAGGUCCAAGUUGGUCCCGAUCACAUGUCGAUUAUAGAUGAACUUUUAGAACUCCCGACUGUAAAAAGAAGAUGUUCUCCUCAUCCAGAACGACCCGCUCGUUAUUCAUUUUUGGAUGUCCUUAGAUCUGAGAGAAGUCAUGAAUGGCUGAACGAUCCGGUGACUCGAGCACGUUUCCUGGAGGAAGCAGAGAAGUUGAGCGAGAAAACCAAUGAAGAGAUCAAGGAAAUGAGUGAUGCGCUUGCACAAAGGGUAUAUGAUCAAAAGGUUGAAGAAUGCCUAGAAGAAAUGUUGGUGAGUUGGGCCGGCGUAUGUUGCAGCUGAACGCCAAAGCAACACAUUGAGAACUCUUGCAGGUGAAUUGAGAACAUGCAAAAGGAUAUGCUAUAACGAACAAAUUAAUUGCUUGCAUCAGUUGCUACCAUAUAUGAACACAUGACUAGCCAUGAGGCUUAUCUCUCCUCGGCCACGCUAGAAUAAGUAGACUGGUUCUGACUAGAACCAGUGAGCUUCAAGCCAGAUGAUCUCCGAGGUGUUUUGGUCCAUAUCUAUGAAGCCAUCACUCACAGUUACAUGAAGAGUUGAAUAUACUAUGUAUUAGAAAAAUGAUAGGAAGACCCAUCAAGUCUAACAAGGUACAAAACCAUCGAAUAACAGCGACUAUACAUAUUACUAUUGGCUACCUUGAACUGCAUUUUAAUAUGAUAUAUAUACCACAACAGUUAGUAUGUAUGAAUUAUCAAACAUGAAAAAUAGAACCACAUGAUUAUAGCUCUUUGAUCUAUAACAAGGGUCUGUCCGUGGCGUGACAUUAAGUUGAAACCCUGGGUCUGGACAUGCCUGGGGCAUCUCCUGAUUUGACUCUGGAAUGGUUGUUUCCAAGCCUGGCAAGCAGGAGAUGGAAUACUUAGGAACAGUU